CCGGAGCCGGCAUGGACCCUGAGCGCUGCGCGCCUUUCGCGGUGGGGCCGGCAGCGGGUCCCUACGCGGCCGCGGGGGACGAGCCUCCAGGCGCCCAGGGGACUCCCGACGCCGCGCCUCACCUGCACCCCGCGCCACCCCGCGGCCCGCGGCUAAGCCGCUUCCCGGCCUGCGGGCCCCUGGAACCGUACCUCCCAGAGCCCGCCAAGCCGCCCGCCAAGUACCUGCAGGACCUCGGGCCGGGCCCGGUGCUCAACGGCGGCCACUUCUACGAGGGCCCCGCGGAAGCUGAGGAGAAGGCCUCCAAAGCCGCCAGCUUCCCCCAGCUGCCGGUGGAUUGCCCAGGGGGUCCCAGAGACGGGCCCUCUAAUGUACAAGGUUCCCCAGGUCCCUGCCUGGCCAGCCUGCGUGUCAUCCCUCUUUCCCCGGGACUUCCUGACUCCAUGGAGUUGGCCAAGAGCAAGAGCAAGAAGCGCCGAAACCGCACGACCUUCAGCACGUUCCAGCUGGAAGAACUGGAGAAAGUCUUCCAGAAAACCCACUACCCUGACGUGUAUGCCCGGGAGCAGCUGGCUUUACGCACGGACCUGACUGAGGCCCGGGUACAGGUCUGGUUCCAGAACCGCAGAGCCAAGUGGCGGAAGCGUGAGCGUUAUGGGAAGAUGCAGGAGGGGCGGAACCCUUUCACCACUGCCUAUGAUAUCUCUGUGCUGCCCCGAACUGACAGCCAUCCUCAGCUGCAGAACUCCCUGUGGCCCAGUCCAGGGUCUGGGAGCCCAGGGGGGCCCUGCCUCAUGUCUCCAGAGGGCAUCCCCUCUCCGUGCAUGUCUCCAUACUCCCAUUCCCAUGGAAAUGUGGCUGGCUUCAUGGGAGUGCCAGCCUCCCCAGCAGCCCACCCUGGCAUCUAUUCCAUCCAUGGCUUUCCUCCUGCCCUGGGAGGGCACAGCUUUGAGCCUUCUCCGGAUGGUGACUACAAGUCUCCAAGCCUCGUCUCGCUCAGGGUGAAGCCCAAAGAGCCCCCCAGCCUGCUGAACUGGACCACGUGAUGGGUUACCUGGACACAGACUGAGCUGCCCGCUCCUCUUCCUGCUCUCGCCUGCUCCUCACCCAUCUCUACCUGGACACCAGACAGCAAAACCUUUUGCCUCCGUAUCCCGGGUGGUUCCAGAAGCUUGGGAGAGGAGCUGGGACCCUCAGCCUCCUUCAGGGAACAGGCUAC